AUGCUGGCCACGCUCUUGUCCUGUGCGCCGAUGGCGGCCCAGGGCAUGCGCUUCGCCGCGACGACGGUGCGCGUGCUGCGGGAGGCCGAGUACGACGCGUGGCUCGCGGCGCGACCCGACGAGACCAGGGCUUAUCUGGAGGCCGCGGGGCUCGGAGAGUUCAAGGGCGACGCGCUCGCGCUGCUGCCGGAGCGGACCUGGGCCUUCCUGACCAAGGACCCGUCGAAGCUCUUCGCGUUCUCGUCGCUGCCCAGCCGCCUGCCCGGCGCGGGGCCCUACGCGCUCGAGUUCGCCGCGCCGCCGCCGGCGACGGCGGCGCUGUCCUGGGGCCUCGGCUGCUACAGCUUCGAGGCGUGCAAGGGGUCCACGGCGCCCAAGGCCGACGCGCCGCCCAAGUUCGCGUCGCUGGUCGUCCCCGCGGAGAACGACUACGGCGACGCCGCGGCCGCGCUCAAGGGCACGUACCUCUGCCGGGACCUCAUCAACGCGCCCGCGGGCGACAUGCAGCGCGACAUGGGCCCCGCGGAGCUCGAGGCCGUCGCGCGGAGACUCGCGGCCGCCUACGGCGCCGCGGUCGCGACCGUCGAGGGCGACGCGCUGCUCGCGGGCUACCCGCAGAUCCACGCCGUCGGCCGCGCGGCCGGCGAAAAGCAGCGGCCGCGCCUCGUCGACCUGACCUGGGGCGCCGCGGACGCGCCCAGGGUCACGCUCGUCGGCAAGGGCGUCUGCUUCGACACGGGCGGCCUCGACCUCAAGCCCGCGGCGGCGAUGCUGACGAUGAAGAAGGACAUGGGCGGCGCUGCGCACGUGCUCGGGCUCGCGGCCAUGGUCAUGGACGCGGGUUUACCGGUGCGGCUGCGCGUGCUCAUCCCCGCGGUGGAGAACGCCGUGUCCGGCGACGCGUUCCGGCCCGGCGACGUGCUCGCGGCGCGCAACGGCAAGACGACGGAGAUCGGCAACACGGACGCCGAGGGGCGGCUCGUCCUCGCGGACGCGCUCGUCGAGGCGUGCGCCGACGCGCCGGAGCUGCUCGUCGACUGCGCGACGCUCACGGGCGCGGGCCGCGUCGCGCUCGGGACGGACGUGCCGGCGCUCUUCGCCAACGAGGAGGGCGUCGACGUCGCGGACGAGCUCGUCGCCGCGUCCGCGGGCGAGCAGGACCAGGUCUGGCGCCUGCCGCUCUGGCCGGGCUACCGCGAGCAGAUCGACUCGAAGAUCGCCGACCUCAAGAACAUCGGCGCCGGCCCCUACGGCGGCGCCAUCACCGCCGCGCUCUACCUCGCGGAGUUCGUCGAAGCGCCACCCGACGGCGGCGCACCGCCGCCCUGGCUCCACCUCGACAUGAUGGCCUACAACACGGGCUCCAAGCCGGGCCGGCCCGAGGGCGGCGAGGCCAUGGGCAUGCGCGCGCUCUUCCGGCUGCUGGAGGCGCGCUACAAGGCGUAA